AUGAGAACAACAAAAAGAACAACAACAACAACAAAAGAAAGUUAUCAAGUAGAAGAUGCAAUUGUUUGUGUUUCUAAAUACAUUCAAGCAAUGAUUAUUGACAUGUUGAUUAAUGAUAGUAAUGAUAAAGAUCACUAUAGCCAUCAUGGAUUUCAUGUCAUUUCACCAGAGAAUGCAUCAUAUUUAAUGCUAAACAAAACACCUAAAAAGAAAGAGACCAAAUUUGUUUCAUUCUAUGAACUAGCAGACAUUGCAAUGGUAUCUAAAUGGUGGAUGGAGGUGGCAAGUCAAAUUACAUCAAAAAGUAUCGAGAUUGAUGGUCCUUUGAGAGGAUCAUACUUUUCAAAGAGAAUAGAGUCGUUCAAAUGGAAUGUGUACAGUGGUAAAGGAAAGGAAGUUGACCGUCGUAUCAACUAUGACAAUUUUGAUUAUACAAGAUUACCUAGACUACUACCACACCUAAAGACACUGGAUAUCGUUGGAGUCAAUUUAGACAAGAAAGCAGUUAGAGCCAUCGUUCAAGUCAUCAAUCUAUUUCCUCACAUUCAAGCCACCUUUGAUUUAUCUGAAGAUCAUAAUAGAAGAGGGGAAUGGCCAUCAGGAGUCAAGUUUACAGGAAUCAAACCAGUGGUCUCUAUUAAAUCGGUCGAUCACUAUGGUUACUUUGAUGAUCCACCAGUCAUUGAAACCUUUCAUCGAAUGAUUUACCGUCUACAACCAACUACUAUUCACAUUGGGUCUGAAAUUGGAUCUAGAAUUGGUGAGAUUGAUCAUUACAACUACCAAAGAUUAUUCCCAUUUCUCAAAACAUGUACACAACAUAUCAAUAUUGAAUAUGACUUUAUUGAACUGAGAUAUCUAAAAGAUAUUGUAAAUACUGAUUCAUUCAAUCAUACUCAAUCACUCAAUACUGGUAUAGUGGUUAUGUGUCCUUUGGAAGAGGAAUUGAAUGGAGUCGUCAAAAUAGGAACUUGUUCAAAAUGUACUUAUGGAUUAUUCUUUGUCCAAGAUACUCUAAAAGAUUGGGACCAACUAUGCACUAAUCUCACCAACAAUACAUCGUUGAAACAACUCUGUUUGGGGGAUCGACAUGGACCAAGAAGACCCUCAUCAAAAAACAGAUUUGAUGACCGAUGGUAUCUAAAAAAGAUUCUUGAUUAUGAAGAAAUUGAAAUGGAAUUAGAAGAAGAAGAAACCAUUCAAACCCCUUCCGUCUCGGUCGAAAGAUUAGUAUCAUCAUUUUCACCCAUUUGGCAAACAAACAAUACCAUUGAACUACUUGGAUUAUCAAAUCUAGCUAGAAUCAUUUCACCUCUAUUUUUUGAUAGUUUGUCGCUCAACCACAGUAUCACAAUAUUAAAAUUGACCAAUGGUACUUUGGAAAAAGAAUAUAUUCCAUCAUUUUGUCAAUUAAUCAUGACCAACCAAACAAUUAAAGCAUUGGAUAUUAGUGGAAAUCGUUUGGCACCAAGUACCGACUUGAAUCAAGCAUUCCAACAAAACAAAUCGAUUCAAAUAUUGAAUAUCGCAAAUAAUCAAUUCAAAAAGGAUAUAUUUGAUUCAUUAUUGGAGAGUGAUUCAGUUCAAUACUUAAUGAUCGAUUAUUAUUUGUCAGAUUAUAAGCAACACCGAUAUUUUAUUGAAUCAAAGUCAUUGAUUAACUGUUUCAAUGCUAAGAGUGUAGACACAGUCUUCACUCCAUAUUAUUCUCCAUUUUUUGAUUAA